AUGAGUCCUUUCACCCACAGUGAUUAUACAAUCGCGUGGAUAUGCGCCUUGCCGCUGGAGAUGGCGGCAGCGAGGGUCAUGCUGGACAAAAAACACAACUCCCUACCUCAGCCUUCCACUGAUCCGAACGCGUAUGAACUUGGCGAAUUGAACGGCUAUUAUAUUGUCAUUGCCUGCCUACCCACCGGUAUAUAUGGAACGGUAUCCGCUGCGACUGUUGUGUCUCACAUGACUUCAACAUUUCCUCAGAUCCAGUUUGGACUAAUGGUGGGAAUCGGGGGAGGGGCUCCGAGCCGCAGUAACGACAUUCGAUUGGGUGAUGUGGUGAUCAGUAAGCCGGUCGGAAGGUAUAGCGGAGUGAUUCAAUAUGACUAUGGCAAGACAGUUCAAGGCGGACAAUUCGAACCGGCCGGCACCUUGAACAAGCCACCACAGGUCCUUUUGACGCAUAUGGCUCGGCUGGAGGCAAUCCAAAUGACAAGUCAAAAGAAUGAUAUUUCAACGGUAGUGUGGAAAGUGCUGGAACAAAAUCCUGAUAUGAAAGAUGGAUUUUCACCUCCAAGGCAGGAUACAGAUUAUCUUUUCCAUUCCUCCUACCACCAUGCCGACAAGAAAAGCAACUGUCAAGGUUGCGAUAAGGAGCAAUUAGUCAACCGACGACCGCGUGAUACCAGGACACCCCAUACCCACUAUGGGUUGAUUGCAUCGGGAGAUAAGGUCAUUAAGGACUCGAAAACACGAGACCGUCUAGCUGAACAGCAUGGGAUACUUUGCUUUGAGAUGGAGGCAGCAGGUCUUAUGGAUGCGCUUCCAACGCUGGUGAUCCGAGGGAUAUGCGACUAUUGCGACUCUCAUAAGCAGAAAGAGUGGCAGGGCUAUGCGGCUUUGACAGCAGCUGCCUAUACAAAAUUGUUGUUGUCGGUUGUGGCUGUGUCCUGUACGGAUCGGAUUUUGAGGAAAAGAGAUAGAGUUCGUCACUGGAUGGUCCCACUGGCAAGAAAUCCGCGAUUUGUUGGUCGUCAGCAUGAAAUUAAUGAACUGAAAGAAAUGAUCAUGAUGCAAGACGGGCCCAGCAAGGUUGCAAUUACAGGCUUAGGAGGGGUUGGGAAGACCCAAGUUGUCCUGGAGCUAGCUUACCGCUUACGAGACUGGGAUAAGGACUGCUCGAUUUUCUGGCUCCCAUGUACUAGCCAUGCGAUAGUUGAACAGACAUACCUGAAUAUUGCACAGACACUCGGACUUCAUGAUGUGAAGCCGGCAGAGGUGAAAGAACAGAUCAAAACAUAUCUCAGCUCCAAGAGUGCCGGGAAGUGGCUUCUAAUCUUCGAUAAUGCGGAUGAUGUGGACAUGUGGCUACCAGCUCAUGGCGCAGGUCCAGCUCUUGAGGACUUCCUCCCUCAGAGUGAACAAGGCCGCAUUGUGCUCACUACCCGAAAUCGGAAACUUGCAGUGGAGCUAACAUCGUCCAAUAUCAUCACUAUUCCGGAUGAGGAUGGAGAAGUUGCGUCGAGCAUUCUACAACAGUCAUUAAUAAAGAAGGACUUGCUCAAGGACCAUGUCACAGCAGAAGCUCUCCUCAAACAGCUGACAUUCCUUCCACUAGCAAUUACGCAAGCAUCGGCAUACAUCAAUAAAAAUGGCCUCAGUCUGUCCACCUAUCUUGGGCUUCUACAAGAGCAGGAACUGGAAGUAGUGGAUCUCUUGAGUGAAGACUUCAAAGAUGCAGGUCGCUAUAAGGAUGUCCAGAACCCAGAAAAAAAUGGACCCAAACAUCCCUCUACUCUGACCAGCAUGGCGAACCUGGCAUCAACCUACUGGAAUCAGGGACGAUGGAAUGAAGCUGAGAAGCUGAAUGUGCAAGUGAUGGAGAUAAGGAAGACAAUGCUGGGGCCUGAACAUCCUGACACUCUGGUCAGCAUGAAUAAUCUCGCCUAUACCUGGGAAUCUCAAGGCAAGCUUCAUGAUGCCUUGGCUCUAAUGGAAAAAUGUUUGCAAGUUGUGCAGCAAAGUACUAGGGCCCAAUCACCUUCGUACCAGAUCCUUCUCUCGUGCUCUUAG